AUGCGGCCGCUCACCGAGGAGGAGACGAAGGUCGUGUUCGAGAAGCUGUACAAGUUCAUAGGGAAGAACAUCCAGUCCAUCGUGGGGUCCGGGAGCGAUGCCUACUGCCUGCGCCUGCACAAGCAGCGCGUGUACUACGUGCGCGAGAGCAUCAUGAGGCGCGCGACCUGCAUCGCCCGCGACAAGCUCGCCUCCCUCGGGGUCUGCAUAGGAAAAUUCACGCACUCCAACAAGUUCCGCCUCACCAUCGGGGCCCUGGAAAUCCUGUCGCAGUGGGCGAAGUACAAGGUGUGGCUGAAGCCGGCCGCGGAGAUGCAGUUCCUCUACGGCAACCACGUGCUCAAGUCCGGGCUGGGGCGCAUCACCGACGGCACGCCCGCGUACGCCGGGGUCGUGGUGCUCAACAUGGCCGACGUGCCGCUGGGGUUCGGCGUCGCGAUGAAGAGCACCGCGGACUGCCGCAAGAUGGACCCCUCCGGGAUCGUUGCCAUCAACCAGGCGGACGUGGGGGAGUACCUGCGCUCGGAGGAGCAGCUGACGUAG